AUGGGGGUCGACGGAUGGGCUCUGCGGUUCGUCCAACGACAUGGUCGCGCCCUUGUUGUCUUAUUGUGGGCAUGCAUGGCCGUGAUUCAGAUCUACCAAGUCGCGGUGCUCAUGCGCUGGCAUCCGCGCUUCGGUGAGCUCGUGACGUCCAAGGUGGCCGACCUCUUCAGCCGUGACUGGCUUGCCGCAAUCACAUCGACUCCAAACAUGACUCUACCGGCCGAUACACAAGACGCUGAAGAAGACGUGUGCCUUUCAAUGAAGAAACACUCCCAUGCCAAAACCGCCGACUGCGGCCACAUGGAGAUAUGCAAGGAGUUCCGUGUGGAGGAUAAAAUGGCAAGCACAUUCGCAGACGUCGUGUGGGCGCCAGGGGUGUCCAAACUGUUCGGCGUGGAUACCGUGCACCAGUUGCUCCUCACCGAGUGUAACACGACGAGACAAGUCUAUUUUGAAUACGUGGCGCCGCUGUUCAUUCCCCAAGCUAUCGGGCUUGAGCUCACGCAACCCAUCGACCAAGGAUUUGUUGAGAACGUGCUGUUUCGGCGUCGGGCGACGUUCUUGGACGCGAUGGCGUCGCCGUCCCCGUCGGACAUGUCAUUCGAGCGGCACGAGGUCGCUGCUACAACUGCUACUACCACCACCGCGACGACGACGACAUCCUCGUCCUUGAACAAUAUACCCAUUGGGUUGUUCUCGAAGGAACCUGUCCAUCUCGACGUGGAAGAAGACGUGUACGUGAGUCAAUCCAUCUUGCUGUCGCUGCUCCUGUCUCCGUCAGCCAACAUCUCGGACGACCACCGGCCGAUCUUACAAGACACAUUCGUAAGCCACACCAAACUCAUGUUGGAAGCGCUCGUGCAUCGCAUCGCCACUUCGAAAGACGACGCGCAAAGUACGUUGGACUCGCUCAGCCAUCUCGUGUAUGCGUCCCUGUAUGGCGGCCUCGUGGCGUUGCUACAGCAUGGAGCUGCGUCGAAUGACGACGGUGGCUUUUCGACGCAUUUGGCCCUGGAAUGUCUGCCGCUGCUGCAAAACGUCAACACUUCGUUGAACACAAUAGCCCUAGCGUUCCUUUCAACCGAUCGGGCGGACCUGUCGGCGCCGCCGCCGCCCGUGCAUCUCCACAAGAAACGGCCGCACUCGGACGAUGAUGCAUCGUCGUCCCAUGGAAACUCCAUCAUGACUGCGCGCAUUCCACUGAAACGGCAACGUACGUUGUAUCGGGAACCCGACGCGGACCGCCAACAACUGGACUUUGCACACGCUAUCAAAGCCAUGCUCGAAAAUGUGCACAGUGCCAUCACAGGCUCGUCCACGGAUGUGAUCAACCCCACGAGUUUGCUCAAUUGGGAGUUGUCAGAUUCCACGAGUACGAGCUUAAUGGCGUAUUUCGACCUGAGUUUCCAAGCAGCCAACGAACUGGUCCGCGUGUCUCGGUGUCAUUCGUUUGCGUCUGUGCUGGUGUUUGUGGCCGAGAAUCCGACGCAACUGCCGCUGCUUCAGAUUGAAAUGGAGACCGACUGCAUCAAAACCAGCUUGGCGUUGCUCGUUGAACUCCAAAUGACCAUCGCCACUGUCCAAACCCCUAGCACCGACACCCCCGUCCAGAUCUUGCAUGCGGACGUGCAACAAAAGCUCAUGCGGUGGAAAGGGGCGAUGGCGGUGCUCUUGUCUCUGGGGUGGACUGUGAGCACAUCGGGAUGGUACCAUUUGGAGUACAUUGGCCGCGAGUCGUCGCGCCAGAGUUUGCUGGACGCGGCCGACGUCCUCGCCCAGUACAUCCUCCUCUGCGACCAGCGCCACCACCAGUUGACUGCGACCCACCACAUGCUGCAGCUGGAAGCGAUGGCGUCGACGCCGUCGAAACCUGGCGGGUCGUCAGCAGCACCUCCGCUCGAGUUUCACUGCCCCAUCACCCAUCACGUGUACACGACGUCGGCCGACCUCGCCGACCACGCGGCGCAGUUGGAGCCGUGGCUCAAAUGCAUGGUCUACUGCCGCAUGAAGAAACUGUUCUGGUACUCGCCAUACUCGGCGCAACCCCAGGGCAAUCUGCAUUACCCGUCGUACACGAGCUGUCGGUUCGAAGUCCAGGCCAGCUCGGACGUACUGUGGGUGCGCCAUCCGUUCUACUUGUACCACGCUUGCCUGGGCCAUUUGAUCGUCGCUCCAUCGAAAGACGAGAACGACGACGACGCUGAUUUCUUGUACGGCUUGCCCUGUGUCCAAGGCCACGUCCAGUUUGCCCAUGCCCGAGUGUUCCCGUCUGAAGUGCCCGUGGUCCACUCGUUGGUGUCGUGUACGCUGGACGACGUCGACGCCACCGCGACGGCCUUGUCGCACGAGUUUCUGCACUCUCUGGUACACAACGAAGGCGAAAGCGACUGCAUGUGGUUCACUCAACGCCUGGGACCGGUCCCGACGCGAUCGAUCCGUCGCAUGCAAGUCGAGCGUAAAGUAGUGGGGCUUGCAUUGGUAGUAUCUGGACUGUUAGCCGCCGCAGCAUCCAAUGCAGACCAUCCAGCGUGGCCGCGCCUGCGCAAGGAGUUCCAGUCGUUCCACCAGUGGCUGCACCAGCAAAGCCAGCACCCGUCCACCGAGUCGCUGGAAAACGUCGAGUUAUGGGCGUCGUUCUUGCUCCAAGUGUUUGCAGACGGCCCUGGCUUUGAUCUGUGGGCCAUACAUACGCAGGAAGAGUUUGUGCUCCACCAAGUGUUUGGCUUUCUCAAGCGCAUGCACGGAACCAAACUGUCGGAGAAUCUGCGACAGAGGGUGCUGCGUCUGCGCCGUGCCGCGUGGCUCGAAAUGAUUGGGCUCGUGGUACUUGAACGCCAUUUGCAAACGGGUCGUCCGGUGCUGCCGACGUGCCAGCACAUUGCCGUGGAUGCGUUGACGAUGUUGUUUCAGCAGCGCCCUGCGUCGUCGAUUCGAUACGGAAAGUGGUGGAGCAAAUUGCUCCAAGCGACGCACACGUGGACACGGGACGCCGGCACGAUUGCCGACAGUUUAUACCGGCUAUGGCGACAACCCAAGUCGAUUCACUCGGUCGAGCCGUGUCCCGCCGCCGCAGGAGCCGUUGCGAGUCUGUUUGACGCGGCAGAGAUGUCAUCGGAAGCGUGGACGACGGCGCUGUUUCUGACGCUAGAGUGCUUACAGACCCAGUCGGUGGUGGAGCUCAUACUAAAUCAGUUCCACCAGUGGCUCAUGCAAGCCAACGACGACAGUGUGCGGCGAGGCCAUCGCCUAGUGUGUCUGUGCUUGGAGCGAUUGCCCCCUUGUUCUCCUGAAGAUCUUUUCCCUUGUCUUUCCACGGUCUGUACGCUUGUAUGCACUCAACUGCACUUGUUUUCGCAUGGGACACAACACCAUCUCGUACACGGACUCCAGACUAUGCUUCCACGGAUCCAACCCAUGCCCAUUCUGCUCGAGUUUAUCACGGUGCUCGCGGCCAUGCACCAAGACCCCACGCUGGUCACUGUCGAGCCUUACUUGGUCCAGAAUCAAGCACGUCUGGAAUUGGCGCUCAAGCCGACCUUGUCCGUGUAUGCGCCGACGCUACCGGCGGUGGAGGCGGCGGCCGCGGCGGUAGAGGCGUGGUCGAUGCAGUCCACCGUGGCCUCUUGGCUGUCGAGUGCCGCUGCCAAUGCCAUGAGUAGUUCCACCCACGUCCAACAGACCCAGGCGCAGCUCCUGGGCCUGGGAAGUUUGAUUCUGUUUGCGCAAGAUUGCUCUAAAAUCAGCAUCGGGCACACUGUCCGCAUGACGUCGCCGAGUGUGGUGGUGCCCGUCACGGACGGGAUCGUGUUGUCUGUGCAUCGCGACAAGACAUUGCGAGCCACGUGUCGAUGUUUAUUUCGGUCGCGAAGUGCGGCCACGCCGUUUUAUGUGGUGCAUGUGACUGCGGGCCUGCUGCACUUUCCUUGCAAGCACCCCCCCACGACACUUGGACUAGACCCGUCGAUGCUGUCGCUGGUCGAGCAAGUCGCCACUUCGGCGUCGUGUUUGGCCAUGUCGAAUUGGUUCUUUAAAGUGUGGCUCCGGUCGAUGGACCAGCAGCAGCAGCACGCUCCCCUUUCCAACGACAAGCUGGCGUACCUCUUGGGCAUUGCCAUGCAUCCGUUGACGUUUCCACUGCCCCCCCACGCACUUGUAUCACCAGACACUGCCAUUCAACCGCGCACGUACUGGCGAGUGGAACAGAUGUACCGUCAUGUGGGAUACGAACUCGGACGUCUCCACUUGCUCGAGACUUUAUAUCCAGGCCAUACGCCGGCUGGUCUGUCGCCUUCGCAAGUGCUGACCCGCGACCACUUGAAACACAUUGCCGCCAUCGCCCCAUCUGUAGGAUCGACUCAGGAGCUAGCCAAGUUGAUUGACAUGGGGUACUCCCCCACGCUAAGCGCGUACGUGUUGCGGUACUACCAGCACAACCUCCAAGGCGCGAUCCAGUGGCUCGUAAACGACCAAAACUACGACGACAUUCGCCAUAUCGGCCUGCAGUCGUCCACGGUGGACCUACUUCUACCAUCGCCCCACUCGAUGACAUCACAUUAUCGCCUGAACGCCCAAGUGAAGGAGACGCUACUGCUGUCGUGCUCGACGUCUGCCGACAUGCUGAGUGCCCUUCGCCAAGUGCCGCGGGAGAGCUUUGUGCCGCGACUGUACGCCAAAGAAGUCGAGGACGACCACGCGAUUGCCCAUCCUUUGGGGUACACGCUGCCGUCCAUGUACCAGUGCCUGCAAGUGCUCGAAGCGUUGAAUUUGGAACCAGGCGUUCGAGUGUUGGACAUUGGCACUGGGUCAGGCUACUUUGUCACGCUGUUGGCGACGCUCAUGGGGAACAAGGCUACGAUUUCAUCGUGGGAACAAGACGCCGAUCGACUGGCGUAUGCGUAUAUUUACAUGGCCCAAAGCGUCCAGGACGGACACAACAUCGUUUACCCCAACUUUGUAGAGUCCAUUCGAUUCGAGGUGUGCAAUGCGUUCUUAACCUCCCAAUGCGAUGACGCCGUGUUUGAUCGUGUGCACGUGGGCGCGAGUUGUCCGCGGGAGAGCGUGGACUUGUUGCUGCAGUAUGUGGCAUUGCAUGGCAUUCUCGUGGUGCCCAUCGACGGGUCACUGUAUCGCAUCCACAAGAACCAACCCACCAACGACUGGCUGCAGUUGCCCGUGGAACCACUGGGCGCGUACUCUAUCGAAAGCCUCACUCCACCGACGCUGGACGUGCUGGCGUCGCAACUCGGCCAAGACCACACCCGUUCGUUCGGACUGCAUGGGUUUGAAGAACGAACGUAUGUGCACAAGCCGCGGGUGCUGGUCAUGGACGAACCAGAUCCGACGGAAACGCAACCGCCUCGGAUGGCGGCCAACAUGCUGUUUCAAGUCGACUUAGCCGACACGACGUCGUCGUGCCCGCAGUUGGUCCAGCAGGGCAGGAGCCACACGGGGCUUGUGGUCACGAGGGUGGGGCCCAUGCCCGUGCAGUUGAAGGAGCUGUCGAUGGGGGUCAAGAUCAGCGACGCGUCGUUGAGAGUAUCGAACCGAGGGAGCUUUGGUACGGCGUGUGCCAACGUGUGUGUUCGCGGAGGCGGCGUCUGGUUUUACGAAGUGCGCAUUGGGACAUCCAAGGUGAUUCAGAUUGGGUGGAUUUUGCCUGGCUUUGACCCGAAUCCCGAGUCUGGAUUGGGCGUGGGCGACGACCAGUUUUCGUAUGCGUACGAUGGCCGUCGAAAGAAGAAAUGGCACCACGGCAUUUCAGACGACUACUGGAAGCAAUCAUGCAAGGCGGGCGACGUCGUGGGCUGUCUAUUGGACUUGGACCAAGGAAACAUGUCGUUCAUGCUAAAUGGAACGUCCCUGGGGGUGGCGUACUCGGACCUCCGUCGUGAGUUUCCCGUCGGGGGGUACAGCCCCGCGUGUUCGAUGGACGGAGGCGAGUCGGUCUGGUUCAACUUUGGCGUCAAGGCGUUUUUGUACCCGCCGUCGCAUCCGUUUUGCCCCCUCGCCGAGUUUGCGUACCUCCCCCUCCUGGACCUGCCGUCGUCACCCGACUCGACUCUGUUUGUGGCCAAACACAUCCACGACGAUGCCGUGGCCGCCACCCCACUCACUGACCCUACCACGACCAUCCUCCUUGGCCGAAACAAGAUUCAGCCCCUCGACUCGAAUUUGAGCUGGUUUUACCCACGACAAGGCCGACAUACAAGACACAUGUUGAGCCAGGACCUCCAGCAUGACGUGCGCAUUGCGCUGGCGAGGUCGUUCCUGGCAUCGCAUACGUCCAAGAUGGCUCCAGCAGACCUCAUCGCGUACCUUUCCGUGGCGAGUGAACACCCCCAAGUGGUCGACUCGUUGAACGUGACUGCGCAAGAUAUUCCAUGGCUGGUGGACACGAUGCAGCGGCAGCUCGAGACGGCGGCGGACGCAAUGGUUAUCGAAGAGUCGAGGCAUCCCAUGAGCCAUCGCCUGAUGUCACUGACGCCGACGGUAAUUGUUGCGUUAAAGACGUUGCGCACCAACUUGCUGGAUGUGGACACGGCUAUGGAAAAAGGAAAUGCCAAAGGCGCGAUGGUGCACCUCCAGCGAGCCACGGAAACCCUCGUGAGUCGCACAGAGAGGGAACCUGGGGACCACUUUCAACGGUGCCGCGCCCAGCUUGAAGCUACGUACCAGCGUCUGCGCAGUGCCGCCUCGAUAUCCAACGACUUGAUCACGUUGCAGCAGCCCCAGCAUCGCCUUCCCAUACUCGACAAAGUAGCUCUCCUCAAGCAAGCGCUAGAGUUGUUCGAGUCGCUCGUGUCAUUCCCAUCCCAAGUGCCCGUGGAUGCUGUCCAUGGAAAAUAUGUUGGACUGUCGGAAGCCCAGUCGCUGCGGAUCGAGUUUGAUCCUCGAACUGUGAGAACGAAUUGGAAGCUGUUAUUUUUCAAAGAUGCUGCGUGCACCCAGCGGUGGCCGUACGUGCUCAGUCGCGACGGAUUUGCGCCGUUCAUCGUCCCAGCCAGCCAUUUUUACUACACGUUCCAGCCAGAUACGACCAAAACACACUUUGUGCCAGAGUGGGGCUACGCGUUUCGCGUGACGCCAUAUAUGUUUCACCCCCAAUUUGCGCGACCGACGUGGUCGUUGUGGACUGCCGUGCAGACCCACAAGUCGUUGCAAGACAUGCUCAUCACGACAGACGGCGCUGGUUCAACGUGGCUGCAGAGCAUUCUCCGAUACAUUCGAACGCCGGCCGCACCCGAAAAGGUCCGCGUGUUGUCGACGCUAGUGCUGUGCUUGCAUCGCAACCGCACCCGGCUCCCGGCCGCCCUUCAGCCGCACUUGGCGUCAUUUCUCUGGUUUGUACAGCCCGAGCUCAACUUUUUGUACCGCAAGAGCGUCAAGUGGCGCCUACAUUCCAACCCGUACUUUCAAACGCUGUUGCAAGCAGUGACCAGUGUCUCGUCUGUAACCGAGCAUCGCAUUCAACGAGUCGGCGCCCAUGUAUUUGGGUACCACGCCGAGAUGCACCGAUGGCACCAGGAACUGAUUGAAACCGUCAAAGGGCUAGACGUGAUGCUCCCUGCCACGUGGCAGCCCAUCAUUGCCAAGCAAUUCAAUCCGCUCACCAUGCUCAAGCAACUGUUCAAGCAAUUCGAAGCGUCUAUCAAGACAGAUGUCCAGCGAUGGCACAAGAACCGCCGGGAGCUGUGGAUUCGCCAAGUCGAUCAAGCGUACCACCCAGCCUUGUUGUCGCAGUGUCUGUGUGUGUUUAACGAAACGCUGCUUCCAGUAUGCGUAGCGUCGAGGGAAUGCGGAUGGGCGACCGAGCGCAACAAGUGGCUGCGGCAUGUGCAGGCCGCGUGCACCGUGGGGGACGUGGCGAUGCAGCUAAUGGUCCUAGCGGGGUUCAUCGACGUGGAAUCGCAUACAUCCAGUUGGGGCAGCCAGUCGUAUGAUUGGCGCAAAGCAGUGAUGGGACUGACCAAGACAGAUCUGGCCGAGGAUGCACAGCUGCACGUGAGUGGCCAGUGGACCGACGGGCACGUGGUCGCCGACAACGACUUGUCUGCCAGCGUUGCCAUCGACCGCAUGUUUGAAGACUCGACCAAGCUGUUCCGUGUCCGCCAGGCUGAAAACGUCCACGUGAUUGCCGCGUUCGAAUACAAGACGUCGCUUAUCCGGAAGAUCAACGUCCGGUUACGCAAAACGUACUCGAACAACAGCACGCCGGUGACGGCAGGGAUGGUAUUUGUGUUCCCAGUGUACCCCACGCCCGAAGAUAUGCUCAAGGUGGGCCACUACGACUACUUUACGAGCGACAAGUACCAGUCUUACGUGCUCAAUAUGCGCCGCCGCGGACUGCUGCCGUUGCCGGGUGACCCCGUGGCAUAUUUUGACGUGACGUCGCCGCACUAUUGCCAAGGCAACGCUGUGACUGUCGUACCUGACUUUGCCGUGUUGGGGCAGUAUGUUGUGGUCAAGCUAUUGCGGUGCUACAAUAUUCGAGUGAUGGAGGACUUGGCGGACGUGAUCAAGCGGCAGGAAGACCACUCGUCCGCGUACUUGAACGUCAACUCGGCCUACCUGUGGUGUUAUAAGCCCCACGAAGAGUGGCUGCUGUACCCGAGCAGCAUCGAGUACAUGAUCGAAAGCAAGUUUCAAGCGUACUGCCAGGGUGAGAUGUCGUGCCAUGGCGAGUUUGUCGUGGGUGGGGAAGACGUCGUGCUCGACUACCAGCAUAUGGUGCAGUACACCCAAACGGCUUUGUUUGCGUCUCCCACUACGUGCCGCAUCAAGCGCGUGCAAGUGACGAUGGACAUGAAGAUCAAACUCACGGCGCAUCAGUGCAUGGAAGUAGAGCACAUGGCGUUCUUUGGCUUGCAGGAAAUGGCAGCCGAAGAAGCGUACAACACUUGGACGCACACGUUUCACUCGCUGGCCAUGGCCAGGCAGCCCCACGAUGCAUUCCAGACGUCCGGUACCCAACUGUAUCGCGUGCUGAGUGAAAAGUCUCCUGUGCACAGCUUCCCCAGCUUGAGUGCGUCCAUUUCCACAUAUGUUUUGUACGGGGAGAUCGUGGCCAUCACUUGUCGCCACGGGCGAUGGGGCUGUUUGGGGCAUGCUGAGGCGUGGUGUCUAAUCGACUCGCAUCAGCCGUCCUUUUUUCCCAUCAGUCAGGCCCGGGCGGCAGCCCAAGGCACAGUGCCGUGGCUCCCAGACCAACCGGUGCAUUGCGUCGCGCCCAAUGGAGAAGCGUAUUCGGGGGUGUUUCAGAUCGGUGCAUCACGCCAAGUAGACGAAGAAUUGGUGCACAUGGUCAACCGAUUGCGGGAAACCAGCGGCAGAUGCGUGACCAACCUCAUGGUCGCCGAUAUUUACGCGUCGCUCCACGGCAAACACAAGGACUACCCGUACCUGAGCAUCUUUCCCAUCCCGGCCAUCACGGGGCGGCUGGACGUGCUGCGGGCAAUCAACAUGCGACUGGCGCAGUGUCUCAUGUUUGUUGGUAUUGGACUGCCGUCGGCACAACCUGAUUGGUUGGGCGGGAUCGUGCUCCAAGCCAAGUCGUGUCUAUUUUUAGAAACGAAAAUGCACGUGUGGAAGAAAAUUUGGAGCGAGUCGUACAGCGUGGAGCGGUCGUCGGAAGUGGUGAGUAUCAACCGCCACUUGGCUUUCAAAGCCCGCGAGUCGUUGCGGGAGACGGCGCAUGUGCUGCAACCGGACUUGUGUGUCUACUACCCCACUGUAUUUGUCCAAUUGUGGCGCGAAUUGCACUGCACGCCGCCGGGACUGCUUCGACGGAGCGACGGUAAGUCGUGGUUUACCAAGUUCAAGGGCGAGCCUUCCAUCGACGACGGCGGGUUGUACAGAGAGACCACGGCCACCACGUGCUACGAACUCAACAACGGCCUGCUGCCGCUGUUCCUUCCAUGCUCCAACGGCAAGCACGGCCAAGGACUGAAUCAAAAUACGCUGGUCCCCAACACCAGCUGCACCCAGUGGCAUGAAUGCUGCGAAUGGCUGCAUUUUGUAGGCGUGUUGAUGGGGAUCGCUACGCAGAAUCUCGAGGAAGUAUUUCCCAUCCAACUCGCGGCGCCCAUAUGGAAGCUCCUGGUGUCGGAAAUAUUGACCCCUUCCGACUUUGCCCAGUUUGACGUGGCAACCGGCCAGACGCUGCGGUACCUCCGCCUCACAGCAUUUGAUUCCGACGCCAUGUUUGCAUCCAUCUUCCCCGACCAGUCAUUUACCUGUAUCAACGAACAAGACCAACUCGUGGAGCUCAUUCCGAACGGAGCGAAUGUGCGCGUGACCCUCGCGAACCGGUUCGAGUACGCCGACGCAUUGGAGUCGUAUCGGCUGCACCAGUUUGACGAGGCCGUGGCGUGUAUUCGCAACGGACUCGCGUCGAUUGUGCAAGUGGAUUUGCUGCCCAUGUUUACAUGGGCAGAGUUGGAGUUACUCGUGUGUGGACGGCCGACGCUCAACUUGGCACUGCUGCGCAAGAAGACCGAGUACUCGCCAGACAUGGACAUGCAAGACACGCUCGUCGAACGGUUUUGGCGGACCUUAGCUGGGUUCACGUCGGAUGAGCAACAGUUGUUUUUGCAAUUUGUGUGGGGUCGAUCGCGGCUGCCAUUCAGCGAAGUGGACUUUGGAUCGUACACGUUCAAGCUGGUGCGUCACAUGAGUCCGUCAAACCCGGACGAGUACUUGCCAGUUGCCCACACAUGCUUCUUUCAGCUGGAAUUGCCAAACUAUUCGUCGGACGCGAUCAUGCGCACCAAGCUGCUAUACGCGAUGAAUCAUUGCACGUCGAUCGUAGACGAAGAGCAAGCCGCCCACCAACUGGAGAUUGCGUUGUGGGAUUCCUAA